AAGACAGUUUGAACGUUGCUUUGUUUCUGUCUCUCUCUUUCUCUCUCACUUCGUCUUAUGCCCUUUUGAGCUGCAAAGAAGGAAGGACUGGGAAUAGAUCACAAUCUUUUACCUAUAAUCGUUACAGGCAUAAACAUAACAUUAAUUGUACGCCAUCAAAAUUCUAGGGUCAGGGUGAAGGAAGAUGUUGCUGGUUGCUAACAGUUUUGAAUUAUGGCAAAAAGACGCCUUCUUUUCAGCUGCCGAGGAGAUUCAACAAUCAGCUGACGUAAUGGAGUCAGCUUACAGAACAUGGCAAAGGAUGAAGAAGAUUGAAUAUCUAUCUGUAGAACAUUUGAAUACAUUUUGCAGAGACCUUCAAACUGCUUUAGGUACAACAAAAUGGCAGUUGAACCAGUUAGAGAGGGCAGUCAGUUCGAGUUACAUAAACAGGAUAGAUGAUACGUCUAAUAUGUCAAGACAUACACAAUUCAUUGAUGCCAUUAAAAUCCAGAUUUUUAAAGUUGAAACAGAAUUAAGAGAUGGUAAGACACCACUGAGAUGGGUGAAUUUAGAUGAAGAUGAUCGCGACGAUUUAGCUGCAUUUCUUUCUGGGUCUCUUACAACAUCUCAUAUUAAGAAAGAUGGACAUUGCAGAAGUUCAUCUAGUGGAAGUAGUAAUAGUAGUUAUUCAAAAGUUCAUCAUCCUGAAGGAAUUCUCAUCGAUGUAGUAGAGAAUUCACUAAAUAGUAGUUAUUGGAAAUUAGACAUCGUUGUUGAUGAUGAUCAUGAUGAUGAUGAAAUAAAAGAUAAGGAAAGAAGGAUUAACUGCCUUAAUCAGAUCAUUGGGCCUCGUCUACAUAGACAAUUGCAAACUCCUCUGAAUUUUCAAUUCCCUUCAUCUCGGCUCAUGUUUUGGCUAUUGCUGAUUGUAUUUCUUAUGGUGCCUUUUCUACUCUUUUCAACAUAAGAGCCAAAAGAUUUAACAAUGGAGUGUUAAACGAGGUAAAUAUGGCGGUGUUCGUUGUUUUCCUGUUGGAUUUGUGUCCUUAAGACAGAAACCUUCUAGAAUGGUUAUGCAUUUCUAUUCAUAUGUCAAGGAGAAUGACGUGACAAACAUUGUACUUGGAUAUCUAACUAUAAAUAGAUCAAACAAAGUUGUCAAAAGCAAAGAAACGAGAUCUCUAUAUUUGUGUUUGUGUUUUGUUAA